AUAAGAUAUUGUUACUAUGAACUGACGCAUGCCGGGUUUACUUUGCAAACAGCACAUGCUGCUUAGAAAUUAUUAAUCUUUUUAUAUGAACAGUUCUAACCUUCAUGUAUAUUCAUAUUCCGGGGAAUGUCGUUUGACGUUCCCAUGAAGUGAAACAAGGUCAAUUGAUUUCGAAUCGGGAUUGAAGCACGUCUUUCUCCAGCGCAGCGGUUAGACGAAUUCUGUACAUCAACAUGUAUCAUAAAUUAAAUCUCGAAGUCAAGUAUCUCACCGAACAACAUCUUACCGGCUUCGAGAACUAUAAAUAUAGCUCAGUGGAUACAAGCCCUCUCAGUGUAUAUAUUAUGCAUCCAUUUUGGAAUAAAGUAGUACAGUAUUGUCCGAAGUGGAUUGCCCCAAACGUAUUAACUUUCUCUGGAUUUCUGUUUACUGUCUUUAACUUCACAUUGUUUGCAUUUUAUGAUUAUUAUUUGUAUGCAUCAAGUGAUGAUAAGCCACAGUAUCCUUCUAUACCAAGAUGGGUUUUUGCCUUGGGUGCAUUCAAUGUUUUUAUGGCAUAUACUCUUGAUGGUAUUGAUGGAAAACAAGCACGACGUACACAAACAUCAGGUCCUUUAGGAGAGCUAUUUGAUCAUGGACUAGAUAGUUGGACAACAAUGCUCAUUAGUGUUUGUAUGUUUUCUGUGUUUGGUAGGACAGACCAUAGUGUAUCUCCAUUAAGAAUGUAUUUCAUUCUAUGGAACGUGUUUAUUAGUUUCUACUUAACUCAUUGGGAAAAGUAUAACACAGGGGUACUGUUUCUUCCUUGGGGAUAUGAUCUAUCUAUGGUAGCUACUAUUAUUGUCUUUGUCAUAUCUAGUAUAGGCGGACAUAAAGCCUGGAAGAUUGUGUUUCCUGGUGGUAUACCAGUUGGUGUAAUGUUUGAAGUAUUACUUUAUGUCACUGCAAUUGUAUCUAGUUUGCCUGUAGUUCUAUGGAAUAUAUAUAAAUCAUAUAGGGACAAGACUGGUAAAAUGCGAACGUUCCUAGAUGCCAUAAGACCUCUACUGCCUCUAGCAGUACUCUUUUCGAUUUCAACAAUUUGGGUAGUUCAUUCACCUAGUAAUAUCAUAGACAAAGAUCCUAGGAUAAUUUUCUUAGCAAUUGGAACUAUUUUUUCAAACAUCUGUUGUCGUUUAAUUGUUUCACAAAUGAGCAAUACCAGAUGUGAACUAUUAUCAUGGAUAUUACUACCUGUAGCAGUUGCAGCCCUUUUCUCAUUUAUCUUGCCUAGUAUAGAUUUGGUAUUCACAUAUAUUCUUGCCAUUAUAGCUUUAUUGGCACAUAUUCACUAUGGAACAUGUGUGGUGCGUCAGAUGUGUCGUCAUUUCCGUAUUCAUACGUUCCGUAUUAAAGAUCGUGCAGACUGACUACUUGCCGACGAUACAUGUUAAAAAUGAAGAAAUACGAACAAACGGUCGGAAAGAGCUACGAAUGACUGAGUACAGAGCAGACAAACAGAAGAAAUUUCAGAAUUACGAUUGAUAAGAAGAACAAAAGAAUAUUUCAAAUAUGAAAACGCAAAUAUUGGACAGUAGAUAAUAGGAAUUUAUUCGAGCAUACAACCAUCGCUGAUCAUAUAUCUAAAAAUAGAGAGAGUACCUGUUAAGUAAUGUUAACAAUUCAGUUGCAAAGAUGAAGCCAUUUCCAUUUCAUGUUGCUGUGAUAUAAUUAAAGAAGAACCUAGAAGCUUUCUUUAUGUGUAUAUACUCUCAAAUAAGUUCACAUACGUUCUCUCUACUUUGUCUUUUUGUGUUCUGUUCGUAACUCUGACUGUGCAUAGAGCAUUUAUUUAAAGCACGCAAAGCUUUUAGCUGUUGCGCAUCGAAUUCUUCGUUUUUAACAUGUAUUGUCUGGAAAAUGAAAUUAUGAAUCUGGCUUGCUCAAUUUUCCCAUAAAACGAAUAUUUCUUUCCUUUAGAGAAAUUAAAAAAUUUGUGGAGAAAUUUAAGAGUCAAAUUUCGAGAUUUUUUGAACUUUUGAAGGUCUCCACAGAAACUUUUCUUUCGUUUCGAGUGAUUGCUAAAGGACGAAGUUUUCUUUUGCGUGAAAAUUCUGAGCAAGUUGGCAGAUGAACUUCGAUAUGGAUAAAAGAGAAAGGGUGUAAUGCUGGUGUAAUAAGAUAGAAGACAUUAUUUAUUUUGCGUAAGGAUGUAUCUGUAUGUUAUAUUAUAUUUAAUCGGCUUCCUGAAACGAAGAAUCUUUGCAAAUAAUAUAGAAAACAUCGUGUACUGACGUGGAUAACGAUAAGGUUGAAUCACAAAUUUUGACUUAGAUUAAAUCAAGUCAAUCGAAUUGAUUAAAGAACCUAGCGAGUAACUGAAGAAAAGAUACACGAUAUUUCAUAUUUUUUUUUUUUU